CUCAGUGCGGACGUCCGUUAUGUUACAGUGUCGGACAGAGUGGGACUCACGGUCCGAACUGACCCCGAAAAAGUUCUGAAAACACACAUUAAAGGUCCGAAGCGGCUCACCGCAAGGCACCGACCCUAAAUCCUCCGUUAUACUGACACAGACACCCAUCACGCCCCCUAGCACAGGUAGUCCCAGUCCGUGUCAACUCCGCGGGGCCCGGCGAGGCGCAGUGGGAGCAGAUGGAGCCUGCACCGGCGAAAGCGAAGCCGCAGGGCCGGCUCCUGGUGUCCACCCCACUGGACGCCAAAGACGAGCUGGAGGAGAGAUUGGAGCGCUGUGUUGGAAUCGUCCAGGCACUGACCAAUGGACUGUCAGAGAGGGAGGCCAAUGACGCACUCACGGCCAACGCAUGUAAAGGUCAGCAACAGCAUGAGGAGGUGUGUUUGGGUCUCUUCACACUGGUCCUCACAGAGCCGGCUCAGGCCCAGAGGUGUUACAGAGACCUGGCACUGGUCAACAGAGAUGGGAUGAACGUUGUGCUGGUUAAAAUCAACCAGAUCUUGAUGGAGAAGUUCCUGAAACUGCAAGACGUCCCCCGAACACAGCUAGUGUGGCUGGUCAGAGAGCUGGUGAAGAGUGGCGUGAUGGGAGCUGAUGGCGUCAUCAUGACAUUGCUGAAACAGAUUGCAGGCGGAGACAUCUCCACCAAAAACCUGUGGCUGGCUGAGAGUGUCCUGGACAUCCUGCUCGAGCAGAAAGAGUGGGUAUUGAAGAGUGGGAUGCUCAUAGCAAUGUCAGUCUACACUUACCUUCGCCUGAUUGUGGACCACGGAGCUCCGAACUUGCUGCCUCUGCGCCAGAAAGAAGUGGACUUCUGCAUCAGCAUGCUGAGGGAGAAGUUCAUGGAUUGUCUAAUCAUCGGCAGAGAUCUGGUUCGUCUGCUGCAAAAUGUUGCUCGGAUCCCAGAGAUGGAGCUGCUGUGGAGAGACCUGCUGCACAAUCCUCAAGUCCUGAGCCCUCAGUUCACGGGUGUCCUCCAACUACUGACGGCUCGGACCUCCAGGAAGUUUCUGGCCUGUCGACUCACACCAGACAUGGAGACCAAACUACUGUUCAUGACCUCCAGGGUGCGUUUUGGGCAGCAGAAACGGUACCAGGACUGGUUUCAGAGACAGUACCUGUCCACAGCAGAGAGCCAAUCACUACGCUGUGAUCUGAUUCGCUACAUCUGCGGGGUAGUACAUCCAUCCAAUGAGGUCCUAAGCUCUGAUAUCCUACCACGCUGGGCUAUUAUUGGCUGGCUGCUUACCACUUGCACGUCAAACGUGGCGGCCUCCAAUGCUAAGCUGGCUCUCUUUUAUGAUUGGCUGUUCUUCAACCCUGAGAAGGACAGCAUCAUGAACAUAGAGCCAGCCAUUCUGGUGAUGCAUCACUCCAUGAAACCUCAUCCUGCCAUCACUGCAACACUGUUGGACUUCAUGUGCAGGAUCAUCCCUCAUUUCUUCCCUCCUUUGGAGUCUCAGGUCCGUCAGGGUGUCUUCAACUCGCUAAACUUCAUUAUGGAAAAGAGGGUUCUGGCUCACCUUGCUCCACUGUUUGAUAACCCAAAGCUGGACCGAGAGCUCCGGUCAAUGCUCAGAGAAAGAUUCCCCGAGUUCUGCAGCCCACCAUCACCUCCUACUGAAGUAAAGAUGGAGGAGUCUGUUUCCAUGGAGAUGGACAAUCAUGUGUUGGACAAGGAGGAGAGUUGCUACGACAACACAGAAGCAACUUUCAGUGACGAUGAGGAGGAAGUCAACAACAAAGGAAAAAAGAGGGAGUUCAGAUUUCAUCCAAUCAAAGAGGCUGUGAUUGAGGAGCCUGCUGAUAUCACACCCUGGCUUGACCAAUUAGAUGACACCAUGAAGGAGAAGGUGCAGCAGAUUCAGAAGACCAGUGACACAGAGACUCAGUGUGAGGUGAUGCAGGAGAUUGUGGAUCUCAUCCUGGAGGAGGACUUUGACACAGAGCAGAUGUCAGCUCUGGCUUCCUGUUUGGCCGAACUGUUCAAAGAUCAUUUCAGAGGAGAAGUCCUGCCGGAGGAGAUCACGGAGGAGUCCCUGGAGGAGUCGGUUUGUAAACCCGUUUGUCUGAUCUUCAGGAACCUUGUCACCAUGCAAGAGGACAACAGUGGUUUCUCAGUUCUGCUAGACAUGCUUGCUGAACUUUACCAGAAGCAGCCAAAGAUCGGUUAUCACCUGCUGUACUACCUGAAGGCUAGUAAAGCAGCAAAUGGGAAGAUGAUGUUGUACGAGUCAUUUGCUCAGGCGACGGCACUUGGUGACCUCCACACUUGUCUGAUGAUGGACAUGAAGGCUUGUCAGGAGGACGACGUCCGGCUACUCUGCUACCUCACACCCUCAAUUUACUCUGAGGUAGGCUUACCCAAGUCUUACCUGCACCACAAAAAGUCUCUAAAAAAAGAGACCAGCCAGAAAAUCUUCCCACAAUCGGUGCGUGCCCGCUGCUCUGGCUGGGAAACCAUGUCUCAUCUGUGUGUGUUUGUGUGUGUGCAGUUACAGGAGCUGAUGUGUCACGUGAUGAUGGGGAACCUGGUGAUGUUCCGGAAAGAUUCUGUGCUCAACAUCCUCAUUCAGUCACUCGAGUGGGAGACCUUCGAGCAAUAUAGCACCUGGCAGCUGUUUCUGGCCCACAGCAUUCCCCUGGAAACCAUCAUCCCCAUCUUGCAGCACCUCAAAUACAAAGAGCACCCCGAGGCCUUGUCCUGCCUGCUGCUGCAGCUUCGCAGAGAAAAGCCCAGCGAAGAGAUGGUGAAAAUGGUCCUGAGUCGUCCCUGUCACCCAGAAGACCAGUUCACCACUAGCAUCCUGAGACACUGGGCUACCAAAUACGACGACACUCUGGCAGAAAACAUAAAGGCCCAGCUGAUCAAGAACAACAACCAACCCCGCAAGAGACAGAGUCUGCGCAGUUCGAGCAGUAAACUGGCUCAGCUGACCCUGGAACAGAUCUUGGAGCACAUGGACAACCUCAGACUGAGUCUGAGCAACACCAAGAACAACUUCUUCACUCAGACUCCGAUACUUCAGGCUCUGCAGCACGUCCAAGCAAGCUGUGAUGAGGCCCACAAGAUGAGGUUCAGCGAUCUGUUCGCCCUGGCGGAGGAAUACGAGGACUCUCAGUCGAAGCCGCCAAAGUCGCGCCGUAAAGCUCCAGCCUCGUCACCUCGUUCCAGGAAGGGAGUCGCACCACCCACCAACAACGAGGAAGAAAGUGCAUCCAGCAGCGGCUCUGAGGAGGAGGACUCAAAGCCCAAAGCUCCAAAGAGGAAACGGAAAGGAUCAUCAGCUGUUGGCUCUGACAGUGACUGAAGGAACCUCCAAACAAGAUCACAUGCCAGCUGCUCCACGUACUGGGAGAGACCAUAUCUCUUCCUGAUGACAUGCACUGACUGCUGCUGGGAGGUGGAGCUCUGAGAUGCUGCCAACUUUAACUCCAUGUGAUGAACUGACUUUUAAUGUGCUGUUUCCAUGGAGACCAGCAGUCGAAGGUCACUGUGUGUGGCUGAUCUCCCACAAUGCACUGUGGGAAGGAGGAACUCAGACUGAUUUUAACAGCAGACAUGAUGAUGAUGAUUUUUUUUUCCUUUUUUGGGGGGAUGGGUUGUACUUUUUUUUUUUUUGGAAAAAUCCUCACUUCUUGCUGUUUUUAGCGCCUCCUUCCUGUUUGGCUCCCUGCAGUAAAAGCUCCGUCAUGUCAAUGAGUUCUUUGUAUAAAAACUGAUGGUUGG